GGCGGCGGCGCGGACGGGACGAGGCGGAGGCUCGCCGCCGUGACCCUCCGCUCCCCUGCCCGCGCCCGGGAGCGAGUCGCAGGCGGCGGCGAAGGAAGGAGCGAGUAUGGCUGAGACCUCGCCGCCACCCGCCUCCGGCGCGGAAAGUUGCAGCGAGGAGCCGGCGAGGGGCGGGGAGCAGCUGCCGGAGGAGCCGCGCCGCGCUCCAGCCGGGGGAGCGGACCGAGAGGGCGAGGCGGGGCCGCCGCCGGCCUCCCCCGCGGGGCAGUCGGAGCCCGGCUCGCCGGUGGCCGCCCCCUUCUUCCUGCUCUACCCGGGCGAUGGAGGCGCCGGCUUCGCCGCGCGCCCGCCGCCGCCGCAGCAGCAGCGCGCCUGGAGGACCCCGCCGUCGCCGGGCUCCCCGCUGCCCUUCCUGCUGCUGAGCUACCCGAGCGGCGGCGGCGGCGGCGGCGGCAAGCACCAUCCUAAUUAUCUCAUGGCUAACGAACGCAUGAACCUGAUGAACAUGGCCAAGCUGAGUAUCAAGGGCUUGAUUGAAUCCGCUCUGAACCUGGGGAGAACUCUGGACUCCGACUACGCUCCCCUCCAGCAGUUCUUCGUGGUGAUGGAGCACUGCCUGAAACACGGCCUGAAGGCUAAGAAAACCUUUCUUGGACAAAAUAAAUCCUUCUGGGGGCCUCUAGAAUUGGUAGAGAAGCUUGUUCCAGAAGCUGCAGAGAUAACAGCAAGUGUUAAAGAUCUUCCAGGACUUAAGACACCAGUAGGCAGAGGAAGAGCCUGGCUUCGUUUGGCAUUAAUGCAAAAGAAGCUCUCAGAAUAUAUGAAAGCUUUGAUCAAUAAGAAGGAACUUCUCAGUGAAUUCUACGAACCCAAUGCCCUCAUGAUGGAAGAAGAAGGAGCCAUAAUUGCUGGUCUCUUGGUGGGUCUGAAUGUCAUUGAUGCCAAUUUCUGCAUGAAAGGAGAAGACUUGGACUCUCAGGUUGGAGUUAUAGAUUUUUCAAUGUAUCUCAAGGAUGGGAACAGCAGUAAAGGUAGUGAAGGAGAUGGCCAGAUUACCGCAAUUCUGGAUCAGAAGAACUAUGUAGAAGAACUCAACAGACACCUAAAUGCUACGGUAAACAAUCUUCAGGCAAAAGUGGAUGCGUUAGAAAAAUCCAACACUAAACUGACAGAGGAGCUUGCAGUUGCAAACAACAGGAUUAUUACCUUACAAGAAGAAAUGGAACGAGUUAAAGAGGAAAGCUCCUACAUACUGGAAUCCAAUCGGAAGGGUCCUAAGCAGGACAGAACUGCAGAAGGGCAAGCACUGAGUGAAGCCAGAAAGCAUUUAAAGGAGGAGACACAAUUGCGACUGGAUGUGGAGAAAGAACUGGAGAUCCAGAUCAGCAUGAGACAGGAGAUGGAGUUGGCUAUGAAGAUGCUGGAGAAGGAUGUCUGCGAGAAGCAGGACGCCCUGGUGUCUCUGCGGCAGCAGCUGGAUGACCUCAGGGCUCUCAAGCAUGAACUUGCCUUCAAGCUGCAGAGUUCAGACUUAGGAGUAAAACAGAAAAGUGAACUAAACAGUCGUUUGGAAGAGAAGACUAAUCAGAUGGCCGCUACCAUCAAACAACUCGAACAAAGAUUGCGCCAGGCUGAGCGGGGCCGCCAGUCGGCCGAGUCAGACAACCGGCUCUUCAAGCAGGACUUCGGAGACAAGAUAAACAGUCUGCAGCUGCAAGUGGACCAGCUCACCAGGCAGCGGCACCAGCUUGAGUUAGAACUAAAACUGGAAAGAGAAAGAAGGGUACAGAACAACAGGAGCAUCCCAGGAAAGGGUCCUCAGAAGCCACAACCCAAAAUGGAUGGGAAGCACAGAAUUCAAGAGGAAAAUGUUAAACCAAAAGAGGCCCUGGACGAAAGCCACAGGCUGCCGUCUCACCCUGUGGAUGAACAGAAUCAGCUGCUGCUCUCUGAGAAGCCACAGACGUGUCAGCUAUGCCGGGAAGAUGGCAGCCGAACCAAGAAUGUGUGUAAGAACUGCAGAGGGACCUUCUGUAAUGCCUGUUCAACAAACGUACUGCCUCUUCCUUCAAGUAUCAAGCCUGAGCGAGUGUGCAAUCCCUGCCACGAGCAUCUGAUGAGACAGUAUUCCACCAGCCCAUCGUAAGACUGGAAGCCGAGACCUGGACCAGUGUCUCCACCCAUGUUAGAUGUCAGGAUCUCCUAGAGCCCAGAACUUAAAGAGUCAGCUCCAGCAUUGAUAGGAAUGGUUUAAAUAAACCGGGUCCAGGGAGAAAAGGCAGUGGUUGGGGUUGCUGGAAGGUUUGCUCAGUUGCCCUGAUGACUGUAGGAAUAAAAGUUACUCAGCUGA